AUGGACAUCAUCGUGGCCAUUCCGCUGCGGUACACGUACCUGUACCCGCCCACAGAUUACAUGUGGCAUGUGGGAAACGUGUUUCGACCGCUGGAUCAGGAAACAGAGAGGUUUCGAACCCGACUGGCAGCCAAACCAGACACUAAAGAGGUGCUGGACAACCUGGUGAGCCUGCGAAAGGUCGUUUCCGAGAUCUCCGACGUGAAGGCCAACCUGGAGGAGCGUCGGCUGGUUGAAAACACCGUCACAGUGUCUCUGAUGGGCGCUCGACAAGCGGUCCAGACCGAACGAACACGGAUUCUGAGAGCAUACACGGCUGUGGCUCGAGGCCAUGUGGCGCUGGAGGAUCGAGUGGUUUCUCAGCGAGGAGAUGACCUCAAGGAAGGUCUCACGGAAAUCGCCACCUACUGCAAUGUGUCGAUAUAUGUCACCAACAACGUCGACAAGGUGACCUAUGGUCUGGGGUACUCUGGAGGCUCUGUGUCCUCUUCGGAUGCUCAGAAACCCUUCCACGUGCUCAUCUACGGCGACCAGGAGCUCGUUCAGUACGCCCAGUUGCGAGUGGAGAUUCUGAUCCACAAACUCAUGGGCUCCUUCAUCGACGCCAUCGAAGUGCCCCUCUCAAUGCAGCCUCUGAUUGCCGGAUGCCAGCUGCUCAACGUCAAAAACAUUGAGGCCCAGAGCCAUUGCAAAAUCCUCUUCCCCAAUUGGCUACCCGAGCUGUUCCACGUGGACGAAGAGAUGAACCUCAACUACGAUACGGUCUUUGUUGUGGGCCCUACACAGCAUCAUACACUUCUUGCCAAGACGCUCAUUGCAGAGAUCAAAAACAAGACGCAAACAAUUUACAAGGACUGUUUGGGUUCCUACGCCAAAAUCGACCUCAUGUGUCUCAAGUACCAACAGCGACUCAAGGAGGUGAUGCAGAAGCUGGGAGCUUUCAUCCAGGUGCCCUUUUUGGGUGCCUCUAGAUCCGUCAUUCGAGUGACGGGAAUUUCAGAUACCCAUGUUGAACAAGCCAUUGCCGAAGUAAUGCUUAUGGCUUCUGGUUCAUACCAUGCCGGCUUUUGGGCCCAUACCGGCCAGGAAGACCCUGCCACAAACACUUAUGUUGGAGUCGAUGUCAAGUACACAGAGGACUACCUCUCUUUCAUCGAUCUGGUUGCUGGAACCUCUGGAGCUACUGUCUCAUGCUCGGGCUCUUCGUUUGAAGUGUCUGGAUUCAAGGCCGAUGUCAAGCGGGCUGUUUCUCUGCUGGCCAAGGCCCCUUUCUGGCCCAACGCCCAAUGCCAGCUGCGGUUCCGACUAGAACUACCUCUUUCCGAGUUUGAAUUUGUCACCGGCAAGAAGAAUGGAAAGAUUAACCGGAUCAUGGAUUCGUCGAAAUGUUUUAUCAAGCUGUCUCCCUUCCACGAAUACAACUUUUUCCUGGAUAUUGUGGGCGACGACAGUGGCAAGGUGCUGACCGGCGUGCAACUGCUGGAAGAGGAGUUCCCCUCAGAAACGCAGUUUUACAUUCCCGAAACAUACCACAAGCAAGUCAUCGGAAGCGGUGGCCACCUCAUCCAGACGCUCAUGCGAAAAUACAAUGUGUUCAUCAAGUUCACCAACGGCUACGACCGUGCCCCCAACGGAUACUCGCACCACCGGUUCGACAAUGUGCUGGUGCGAUGUCCGUCUAAAAACUCGGCCAACAUUGCUCCCACCAAGAGCGACAUUCUGGAAACGGCCACCAAACGAGCCGGCGAUCACGGCAACACAUUCAUCAAGGUGUCGCGUUCCCAUCGUCGCAUUCUUAUGAUGGAGAACGAUCUCUUUAUCAACAUUGCCGAAGGCCAGUGGAACACGUGUGUCAUCUUCCCGUCCAUUGAGCCCAGCGACAUUUGCGAUAACGACGAGGUCGAGAUUCGAGGUCUUCUGGGCUCCUCCGCGGAAGCUGCUCACGUGAUCAAGAACUCUCUCCCUAACGACUACGAGUUUAAGGUCGCGUACUCGAACCGUUUUGCAGAGGUCUGUUCUGAAGACAACCCCGAGUUCUUCUCCAAAAUUGUGGUUCCUCUGCGAGUUGCCCUCAAAAUCCAUCUCCAGGUCUACCCCGAACCUCGAGUGAUGAGUGGACAGAAUCUGCUGGGCCAGACCGACUACGAUUCUCCCCGAUACCAGCGAAUCGUUCUGUCGUUCACCUUGGAACAUGCCCCUGGUCUGGAGGAGGCCAUUCUGGCUCUGACCACCUAUCUGCGUGAGAAGGAGCUCGACAUUAUCGAUCGAGGAGAUUUAGUUCAAGACGUGAUUCGACAGGGUUCCGUGCCUCUCAAUACGGGUUCAUCCGAGCGAAUUGUCGAGGAGGAGCACAACGAACAGGAGCCCCGAGCUGCCAAGUUCUUUGACGUUGUUCCUGGAGACUCUCGCGACAGAGACUCGCGUCCCAGCUCUCGUGAUCACAGCGGUCCCUUUGGUGGCAGAGGUGGACCCGGCGGAGGAGACGGAGGAUACCCCAAUCUCCCAUACAGAGACCCUUACUACCAGUACCCUGACCACCGCGACUACGACCAAUUUGACGGUCCUCCCGGCCAGCAGGAGUACUACGAAAAAUACCGAAACCCCCGGUUCCGAAGCCCAGUUCGAGGCGGUCCUCCUGGUGGAGGCAUGAACCGAGACUCGCGAGAUCAGCAUGAAUACGACCAAUACGCCCAGCAGCAGCAGCAGCAGUACUACGGUGGUGGCGGACGAGGAGGAGGAAGAGGAGGUCCUGGACAGGGUGGCCACAGUGGGCCCCCUGGCGGCCCUUACAAUCGAGAACAGCGGUUCUUUGGAGGUAAUAACUCGGCACCUCCGCCUGGUCCUCCCGGUCCGCCUGGACCCCCUGGACCCCCUGGACCUCCUGGUUCCAAUCCUGGCUCCGAGCAGUCUGGCGAUUUCCGAGGACGAGGUUACAACGAUGACCAGCGUGACCGGAAGCGGUUCCAGCCUGCCAGCUACUAUUGA